AUGCUGUCGGGCAUCCUGAUAUUCAACCAGAAGGGCGAGAACCUCAUCUUCCGCGCCUUUCGCAGCGACUGCCGCCCGCGGCUCGCCGACAUCUUCCGCAUCCAGGUCAUCUCCAACCCGCAGGUCCGCUCCCCGAUCCUGACCCUGGGCUCGACCACCUUCAGCCAUGUCAAGCACGAGAACAUCUACCUGGUCGCCGUGACCAAGAGCAAUGCCAAUGCCGCCCUCGUCUUCGAGUUCCUCUACCGGCUCAUUGUGCUGGGCCGGAGCUACUUUGGCAAGUUUGACGAGGAAGCUGUCAAGAACAACUUUGUCUUGAUCUACGAAUUGCUGGAUGAGAUCCUCGACUUCGGAUAUCCCCAAAACACCGAGACCGAUACCCUGAAAAUGUACAUUACCACCGAAGGAGUCAAGUCCGCCAUCGCCAACUCCCCCACCGACUCCAGCCGUAUCACCAUGCAAGCCACCGGCGCCCUCUCAUGGCGCCGCUCCGACAUCAAAUACCGCAAGAAUGAAGCCUUCGUCGACGUAAUCGAAGACGUCAACCUGCUCAUGUCCGCGACCGGCACCGUCCUUCGCGCCGAUGUCAACGGCCAGAUCGUAAUGCGCGCCUACCUCUCCGGCACGCCAGAGUGCAAAUUUGGCCUGAACGACCGCCUUCUCCUCGACAACGGCGAGUCUUCUGGCGGCAAUGGCAGCCGCGGCGGAUUCAGCGGGGCCGCAGGGAAAGCCACGCGCGCUGCGGCGGGCUCCGUCACACUGGAAGACUGCCAGUUCCACCAGUGCGUGAAGCUGGGCCGAUUCGACUCGGACCGAAUCAUCUCUUUCGUCCCGCCGGACGGCGAGUUCGAGCUGAUGCGGUACCGCGCGACGGAGAAUGUGAAUUUGCCGUUCAAGGUGCAUCCGAUUGUGCGGGAGAUUGGGACUACGAAGGUCGAGUACAGCGUUGCGAUUAAGGCGAAUUAUAGCGCGAAGCUCUUCGCGACAAAUGUCAUUGUGCGCAUUCCCACGCCGCUGAAUACGGCCUCGACGACUGAGCGGACGAGCCAGGGACGCGCCAAGUAUGAGCCCGAGCAUAACAAUAUUGUCUGGAAGAUCCCGCGGUUCUCGGGCCAGAGCGAGUUUGUGCUUAAUGCGGAGGCGACUCUUACUUCCAUGACGCAUCAGAAGGCGUGGAGUCGGCCGCCGCUCAGUCUGUCGUUUAGUAUUCUGAUGUUUACGUCGUCGGGUUUGUUGGUGCGGUACUUGAAGGUCUUUGAGAAAAGCAAUUACAGCUCUGUGAAGUGGGUGCGGUAUAUGACGAGGGCGGGAAGCUAUGAGAUUCGGUUCUAG